GCUUAGCCUUAUCUUUUUUACCAGUGGGGUUCACAAAGAAGACAAGAAAUCGUCGCCUACCAUAAUCACUGUCAUUAUCUCCACGUGAUGUUACGUUAAUGGGAUAAUCAUACAGUCACGUAAAGCCAUUUCUUUGAUUCACAGUAUUGACCACCUCUCUGCACAAAUUGUACACAAGGUGGAAUUGUGUUUAACGACACAAGGUGCACCCAAAUGCAUGAACUGUUCUUUGGAUCUUCUUGAGUAAGUGUUUGCCACUUUGGGUUGCUUUUUUUCUGCUCUUUAAAAGUUGUCGGCUGGGUAUUGGCGAUUUUAUUUUGUGGAGUUCUGUUGUUUGGUUGAUGACUUCAUGGAGAGUUUUACUUUUUCAGUUGGUGAAACAUGUAGGGAAGGCUCAGUUGGUCCACAGAUAGGUUGGGAACAGUCAAAUUUCUUUGACCCAGAACAUCUUGAUAGGCUGGCCUUUUUGGGUCCUUGGUAGUUCAAAAUAAUCUUCACUUCCCAGGUUCAGCUGCGGAGAAUUAUCUCCAGAUCUUUCCCUUGACUGGGCAAAGUUUUUUGCUGUCGUUCUACUGGCAAAAGCUGCAGUUUGUGAUUGUAAGUUGCUUUAUGGUUUUCUUUGAUUGAGGACCUUCAGUCUGAUUUCUGGGAUUUGUGGCUACUGGCUAAUGAGUAGAGGAAGGAGGAAGAGAAAUUUUUGAGACUUUUAUAAAACUUGAUACUGAAAUUUGAUCCUGAAAUUUGAUCCUGAAGAAACUGAAUUACAAGAUGGGUAGCAACAAGACUAUAGUUUGGUUUAGAAGGGACCUCAGGAUUGAGGAUAAUCCUGCCUUAGCUGCUGCUGCUAGGGAUGGUAGCGUCUUCCCUCUUUAUAUAUGGUGUCCUCAAGAUGAAGGACAAUUUUACCCGGGUCGAGUUUCGAGGUGGUGGCUAAAGCAGUCUCUUGCUCACUUGGACCAUUCCCUGAGAUCCCUUGGGGCUGAACUUGUGCUAAUCAGAACCCAGAGCACUCUUGCUGCUCUCUUGGAGUGCAUUGAAGCCAUUGGAGCUACAAAAGUAGUAUUCAACCAUCUUUAUGAUCCUAUUUCACUUGUUUGUGAUCACAACAUCAAAGGAAAGCUGGUGGAGCUAGGCAUUUCUGUGCAAAGCUACAAUGCAGAUCUGUUGAAUGAGCCAUGGGAAGUAUAUGAUGCAAGAGGGCAAGCUUUUACAACCUUUGAGGCGUACUGGGACAAGUCCUUAAACAUGCAACGGGAACUUGUCACACUCCUUCCUCCAUGGAAAUUGGUGCCAGCAACAGGAAAUGUAGCAAAAUGUUCAAUUGAGGAAUUGGGUCUUGAAAAUGAAACAGAAAAAUCUAGCAAUGCCCUCUUAGCAAGAGCAUGGUCUCCUGGUUGGAGCAAUGCCGAUAAGGCUCUAAGUGAAUUUUCUGAGUUGCACCUGCUUCAAUAUUCAAAGAACAGGACAAAGGUUGGGCAAAACUCUACAUCACUUUUAUCCCCAUAUCUUCAUUUUGGAGAACUGAGCGUGAGGAAAGUUUUCCAGUUAGCUCGAAUGAAGCAGAUACUGUGGGCAAAAGAAGGGAACUCUAUAGGGGUUGAGAGUGUGACUCUUUUCUUGAGGGCCAUUGGGCUCAGAGAAUACUCACGGUAUCUUUGUUUUAACUUUCCAUUCACUCAUGAGAGACCACUGCUUAGCAACUUGAAUUUUUUUCCUUGGCAAGCUGACCAGAACAAUUUUAAGGCUUGGAGACAAGGUCGGACCGGGUACCCUUUGGUUGAUGCAGGAAUGAGAGAGCUAUGGGCAACCGGGUGGAUACACAACAGAAUAAGAGUGAUCGUAUCAAGUUUUGCUGUGAAAGUAUUGCUUCUUCCUUGGAAAUGGGGAAUGAAGUAUUUCUGGGACACACUUUUGGAUGCUGAUUUGGAAAGUGAUAUCCUUGGUUGGCAGUAUAUCUCAGGGAGCUUACCAGAUGGCCAUGAGCUUGAGCGUUUGGACAGUCCAGAGGUUCAAGGCUCAAAAUUUGACCCGGAGGGUGAAUAUGUAAGGCAUUGGCUGCCUGAGUUAGCGCGUCUGCCAACUGAGUGGAUCCAUCAUCCUUGGGAUGCACCAGAUAAUGUGCUUAAAGUUUCGGGGGUAGAGUUAGGAUUUAACUAUCCAAAACCUUUCAUUGAGAUAGAUUUGGCUAGAGAACAUUUGACCAAGGCUAUAUUCAAGAUGUGGGAAAUGGAAGCAGCAGCAAAGGCUGCAAACUCAAAUGGCACAGAUGAAGUUGUUGUUGACAAUUCCGAUGGUAUUGAAAUUUUGCCUAUCCCAAAAGUGAUCUUAAAGAAUAAUGCUCCUUGUCCUACUUACUCAUCGAAUGAUCAGAAGGUGCCUACAUGUCAAAAUUCCGAGAGUAACCAAUUUAAUAGGAAGAGAUCCAAACAUAUGCAAGAAGAAAGGCCACUCCAAGAUAAUUUGCACAAUCCUAAUGAAGCUGGGACCUCGAGAACAAAUGAAGAUUGCAGCUCUACAGCUGAAUCUUCAAUGUCUAAGAAGCAGACAACAAGCAGAAAUUCAUUUUCUGUUCCACAGUCAUGUUCCUCAUCAAAAGACAACUCUUUUUUGGAGUGUGAAUCUUCUGACAUGAAGCAGUCAUGGCAAGAACAGAUUGACAUGGAACAGAGUUCAAGCAAAGAUGGAGCUACGGGAGAUGAAUGCCUAUAAGUCGGAAUACAUUGGCGACCGUACUGUUCAUCAAGAAAGAGGAUGGUUCUGCGUUUGGAGUAAUGUAAUGCAGUAUGCAUGGUGCAAUUGUCCUUUAGGUAUGACAACAAUAACUCGAGUGUAAAAUCCAUAGCAUGUAAAUGAUUACUGGCUGAUAAGAUGUCCAUUUUUCCUCCAUGAUAGUAGAUAUAGAGAUUGAAGAACUAACAAGCUUGAAACAGAAAACUUCCCAACUUUGUUGGUGCAUGCUUGCUCUAUGUACUGUUGUUGUAAGAGAAAGGACGCAUCAUAUGCUUUAUUAAGGAUUUGGCAUGGCAUAAUAAAUUUUGUAAAUUUUGAAGCA